AUGUACAUCACCUCCUCGCGCUUUGCACCGCUAUCGUCUCCGCUCGGUGCUCCAUGUCCUGGAUUGCUAAUCCCAGCCGACAGGAUUGCUUGUCCCAGCUCAGCCGUAUACUACCCGAGUCACUCCACGCUACGGCUCUCUCCGUCCGUCCCCAUGCUGCUUACGGUCAUGCGUCUUGCGACCUUAGCAGCCGCGACCUUGGGCAUCUUACCGACCCUCGCAACGGUCCCCGGUGCACCUAAGUCUCUGGGACCAUGCACACGAGACCUCGACGGCGACUCCACCUGCUUUGACCCCAAGCGCGAGUUUCUGUUCGAUGAUGUGGACAGCCUGUCUUCCACCCGGGACAGGCGCGACUGGCACAUAGGCUGCGCCGCUAGUGGCACAUGCUCCUACUACCAGGAUGACACGGACGAGCAUGAGAACCUGCACCACCGCCGGCAUUGGGAGGAGACGGCUGAUACUGAUGAUGACUUCCCCCACAAACGCAACCACCUCUCCGCGACCCGCUGCAAACCUAGAGUCCAUAUCGUCCAGUACUUUGAUGGCGCGAAUUGGAUCGACUUCUUCACAUGCCCGCAGGACCAUCGAUGCGUCGACAUCGCCAGGCAAGGAAUUUGCAAGCAUGGACUCACUAGAAUUGUCCCAACCUUUCCAGCGGUCGGUGGCAACGCUUCUUCAAGGCCACGGAGCGAGCGCGAACUCGUGCCUUUACCUACGCGAUGCGACCCCGUUACCUUCAACAAGGUGCAGUACUCUGAUGGUAUCGCAUGGCACGACUUCCAUCCUUGCGGGCCUGGUCGUUCAUGCAAAACGAUUGAUGAAAAAGCUGGUUGCACCAAGGGCGGCUACGACCACAUCUUCCCGGAGGCUUAUGGUCCUGCUCUUGAUGACGCUCCACCAGUGCCUGCGCAGACAACAAACGAUGAGCCGGUCUCCACGCCGCCGACCAAUAACAAGAUCGUCUCCGAAGAGAACAAGAUCGUCUCCGAAGAGAACAAGAUCGUCUCUGAAGAGAACAAGAUCGUCUCCGAAGAGACCAAGACUCGCUGCGAUCCGAACGACAAGCCGGGACGUCGCGUCGAGCAACUUGUCAAUGGAGAGUGGGUCCCUUUCUACAGCUGUCGCCUCGCCUGUGAGGAAUUUCCAGACUUUGCUGCCUGCCGCGAGCGCACGGGCAAGUACCUAGUCCCGCAUCCGCCCCCUCCCCGGAGGUCGCUCGCGGCUCGUGCUCCAAUUUCAAGCCAUGGCGUCUCGUCACAGUGCAGUCCUGACAAUCCGGAAGAAUUCCACGUAUUCCAGGAUGGGAAAUUCUUGCUUUACGGCAAUUGCCCAGAGGAUAGCCUAUGCCGGGAAGUUGACGGAUGGGCUAAAUGCGAUACUAACAGUGGUCAAUGGUUCCCUGAGCGUCCCUUGUCCUUGCUGCGGCAGGAUUCUCCCGCACCUGAUUUCCACACCAUGGAUACCCGGUGCAACCCUCGCAAUCCAAGCGAGGUUCAACGCUUCAACGGCCAGACUUGGGAGCACCAUUACACCUGCACAUUCCGAGGGAGUUGCGUGGAUGUCGAUGGCCAUGGAGCGUGCCGCCUCAAGAACAACAUGCACGAGGUGCCGGCCGCGAACCAGAGCUCCGUGGAAAUUGGCGAGCCAUCCAACCCUCUUCGCGUCGGGACAAAGUGCAACAAGCGGAACGAGACUGAGGUUCUCGCAUGGAACGGUACCGCCUGGGCGUCUGAUGGUGUCUGUCUCCCUCCCUACGUGUGCUAUGAUUUCUCCGGUACGGCCGACUUUGCCAUUUGCGCCAAAUCGGGACUUGGAAAAGAUCAGAUAUGGCUGCCGUGGCCAUCUCUCACCGCGCCGACAGGCCCGACCACUCGUUGCAAGAAUGAGAAGGUAUUGCAGCAAUUCAAUGGCAAGAAGUGGGUACCGUACCGGCAGUGCAAAGCUGGCUUCCAUUGCUCGAAGCUCUCGGAUGCACCUCACAACGGGGGGUGCGUUGCUUCUAGUAUCGAUGACGUCAAGCGACACUUGGAUUUGUCGCGACGAAAUCUCGUCGCGACAAGCACCGCCGACCUUUACGAGCCUUUUGGAUUCGAACGCAACCUGCUCAAGCGCGAUGAUUCCGGCCUUGUCGACGACGGCAGGGCAAUCGUAACGCAAGGCGACAAUCUGAGUCAGGACGGUCAAGCCCUCAACGACAAUAGCAAUGCCCUGAACAACAUCUUAAACGGCUACCAGUCUGAGAACGAGGCCGAGUCUGCUUCGAAGAUUCGACGUCGUGGAGAAGACAGUCUCAUCGACGACAGUGACCGCAUGCGUUCCCAGGGCCGGGAGCUCGUGCGUGAGGGCAACCGUCUCAUCAAGCAUGGCCAGAGGUUGCUCGAUGCCAUCUACGGGGACAAUUCCGACGAUAUUAUCGAAUCCAUUCCUUAUUCGCGCCUCGCCACGCCAGAGGAGUCCUCGGCGCGUCAGCAAGGUACCGAAGCCGGCCCCGAGUAUGAUAUCGAUGAAUGCCUGGACUGCAUUUGUGACGUCCCGUACCAGGAGGACUGCGUGAAAACGUGCGAGGCCCAGUGCGGGCUCGAAUUGGAUGAGUCCGAUCACGAUUCAGACAAUACUCAAAGCGAUUGCCACUGUGAGUACGUCUGUGACUGCGACGAAGGCGACGCAACUUGUUGGAAGAAUUGCGCCGAAUGCAGGCUCCCGCACCGUGCCGACGCUGCCAAUGACGUUGCCAAACGUAACAACGACUGCGAGUACAUGUGCAACUGCGAGCUGCUCGAUGUACAUUGUCACGGCCAAUGCGCUGCAUGCAAGGCCGCAGAGGAGGAUGCCGCCUAAUGCCG